GUCCGUAUCCGGGUUCUGCAUGCUGGUGGCGCGUCUGGUCGUGUCCUCGCUGACGGACUUGCCCUGGCUCAGUAAACGUGGCUGCUACAUGGCCGGCACCGCCACUGUCUUCGUAACUACUGUUGCGUUCACCUUCGUGAGCGGUCUAACUUGGGCGUCGGUCGUGAUCGGCGUGUGGGCGGCCGGCGUGGGCGCCUUCAUGAGCUUGCAUAACCUCAUCAUGGUGGAGUAUGUAGGCCUAGACAAACUCGUGCCGACGCUGGGUAUUUGCGGGAUCUUCAGCGGCUUGGCGUCAGUUAUCAUCGGACCCGUAGUCGGCGUGAUCCGCGACGUGAGCCAGAGCUACGCCGUGAGCAUGUGGGCGCUGUCGGGCUGCUUCGCCGUCGCCCUCCUGCUGUGGCUCCUCAUGCCCGCCGCCGUGGCCUACGACCGGAGGAGAGAAGGGAAGCGGAUGGAUUCGCCCUCUUAAGGGAAGGAGCUGGAGCCUCUUUACCGCAAAUCCUCAUUAAACCUUUUCUUGCACCAGGGAGCUGGAUCCUCUUUAUAAAGGGGUUGGAUCCUCUUCAACGCCUUAGGACCGCAAAUUCUCAGCCAGUACUUCUUAGCCCAUACAUAUAAUGGGUGCGAGAACGAAAUCGGGCCGAGGGUCCGACACCGAACGACUUGGAUUCGGGUUCAAGCAGCAGGGUCCCGAGUCCCGUCGGUCCAGAGGACUGAAAUAGGAAAUAAGCUAAUGAGAUGACUAUUGGGAAGAGAAUUUCGGUACCAAAGUGAUAAAUACAUGUAUUAUAUAAUAUUUCUCUUGUAUCAUUUUAUAUCAUGUGAUAAAUUAUAUCAUAGUAUAUAUUAGGUUAGGAACCAAAUUAAUGGCCUUAUAUAGCGUAAGUAGACCUUACGAAAAGUUGACGAGCAUCACUUCGGCUGCAGCGUCCAAGAAAUGCAUUCCAGCAACGACACCUUUGUCGAGCUUUCCUACGAGCCUUUCCAGUUUCUUGCCGAAUAAUGUUUCUGAUAACCAUAGUUAAAUUUAAAAUCUGUGAUGGUGGAAAGGAGGUCGUAGGCUGGCUCUUUGUGCAAGACCUGUUCAUGCUGAAGAAGAGGAGCUCAGUUUAAUCCUUUUGCUUUUGUUUUGUAAGUUAUUAACAUAUC